GAGUCUAUUCUGAGUCAGGAGCUAUAUAAGGUUUGCGCGAAACUCGCCGUUUUUAGAGCAGUGGCGUUCAGGCUCAAACUUAUUUAAGAUCGCUCAUAUUUUUAACUCACUCAGUCGAGGGUGUCUCAUAGAGAGUUGAACAUCACACGACAAAAUGGCGGACAAGGAGAAGAAGGUUAAGAAGAAGAAGAAGGAAGAAGGAGCAGCAGAUGCUCCUGCUGCUGCCCCAGCACCUGCCGCCGAAUCUAGAGCUUCAUCCAAGAGUUCAUCGAAGAAGGCCAAACGCUCUGGUUCCAAUGUGUUCUCUAUGUUCUCCCAGGCUCAAGUUGCAGAGUUCAAGGAAGCUUUCCAACUUAUGGACCACGACAAAGAUGGUAUCAUCACCAAGCCCGACCUCAGGGCCACCUUUGACGCAGUCGGAAAACUCUCGACAGAAAAAGAGUUGGACGAGAUGCUGAACGAGGCCCCUGGUCCACUCAACUUCACCCAACUGUUGGGUCUCUUUGGUAACCGCAUGGCCGAUUCCGGCGGUACCGAUGACGACGAAGUUGUCGUAGCCGCCUUCAAAUCAUUCGACGAGGGUGGUACCAUCGACAGUGAAAAAUUCAGGCACGCCUUGAUGACUUGGGGAGACAAAUUCUCCGCCAAGGAAGUCGACGACGCUUUCGACGCCAUGGAGAUCGACGACAACGGCAGGAUCGACACCCAAGCCCUUAUCACCCUCUUGACCGCCGCCCAAGAGGAAGGCGAAGAGGGAGGUGAAGCCGCCUAAGACUAAGACCACAAUUAGAAUUAAAAAAAUCAUUUUAAUCUUUAAGUUCAUCGUUGUAGAUGGUACGGCUCUGCCAAUCCAUGUUUUGUCAACUCUCCUAUAACGCGCACUCUCUUCUCUCUUGUGUAAUGGAAAACUUGAACUUGUUAUUCACAUAGUUUCUUAAGAGAAAUCUCGAAUUGAAUGGAUGUAAUUUUGAGCAUACAUAUAAUGACAACAAACUUGGAAAGUCGCUAAGACCAAAUAACAUCGUUCGCGACAGCAAAUAAAUCAUAUUUUGUA